AUGGCGGCGGGAGGCGAGCGCGGCGCGGCGCUGCCCGCGGAGCCGCCGCCGCUGAGCGCCGAGGAGGUGGCGAGGCGGCUGGCGAGCACCCGCCGCGAGCUGGGCAACCGCCGCAAGAUCCUGCUGCGGAACCUGCCGGCCGAGAGCAGCAGCCAGGAAAUCCAUGACUUGUUUAAAGAUUAUGAAAUCAAGUACUGUUAUGUGGACAGGAAUAAAAGAACAGCGUUUGUCACGCUGCUGAACGGGGAGCAGGCUCAGAGCGCCAUCAGGAGGUUCCACCAGCACUGCCUGCGUGGCAAGGAGAUCUCGGUGCAGCUGCAGCCCACGGAUGCUCUGCUGUGCAUCACCAACCUGCCCCCUUCCCUGGGCAUCGAGGAGUUUGAGGAACUGGUGCGUGCCUAUGGCAACGUGGAGCGCUGUUUCCUGGUGUACAGCGAGCUCACCGGCCGCUCCAAGGGCUACGGCUUCGUGGAGUACAUGAAGAAAGACUCUGCUGCCAAGGCCAGGCUGGAGCUCCUGGGCAAGCAGCUGGAGGAGAGCACUCUGUUUGCACAGUGGAUGGAUGUGAACCAGCUCACCACAAACCUCAUUCACUCCAAGUGCCUUUGUGUGGAUAAACUGCAAAAAGACUGCGCUGAUUCCAAGGAGCUGCUCCAGGCUUUCUCCCUGAAGUACAAACCUGUCUUCUGCCAGUUUGCCCAGGACGAGGACGGCGGCAGCGGGGACUUUGCGGUGCUGGAGUACGAGAGCGCGGAGCAGGCGGAGAGCGUGCGGGGCGCCAUGGACGGGGCCACCAUCCAUGGCAGGAGGCUCCAGGUGUCCUUCUGUGCCCCUGGAGCCCCGGGCAGGAGCACCCUGGCAGCCCUGAUAGCAGCACAGAGGAUGAUGAGGAACAAUAGGAAAGGUUUGCUUCCAGAGCCAAAUCCAGUGCAGAUCAUGAAAAGUUUUAAUAAUCCAGCAAUGCUGCAGAUGCUGCUGCAGCCCCAGCUGCGUGGCCACGCUGUUAAACCUGUUCUUGGAGCAUCUGCAGGCUUACCUCACCUCAUAAAUUCAGCAGUUGGGCCACCGUUUUUGCAGUUGAAUAAAGUUCAUCAGAGCUCACUGCUGGGGAGCACGUCCAGCCUGCUGCUGCAGAGCCCUGCUCACCUGCCCCUGCCCCAGCAGCAGCUGCUGAAGAUGGAGAACAUGCAGGCAAACAGUAAGCCAGGUUUGCUGGGAGAGCCUCCAGCAAUGCUGCUGCAGACAGUGCUGGGCAUAGGGGUGAUGCCAGCAGUCAACUCAGGCCUGGCAGCACGAGGAGAAGCUCUCAAGUCAGCAGCAGCGGGGAUGGGCAUGCUGCCAUUCUUCCCGAACCAGCACAUGGUCGGACAGGCCCUGCCCGGGCCCAACGCCGCCGCUGCGGACAAAGGGGAGGCAGCUCCGCCCUUCGCUGCGGGCCUGCCCGGCCUGCCCGGGGCGCUGCGGGCCGGAACCGCCACGGCUGCGGGGCAGGGCAAGGGCUGCGAGCCCGGCACCGGGACUCCCUUGAAGAAACAGACUUCUCUGCUUGGGGAGCCCCCAAAAGAAAUCCGCCUGAGCACCAACCCCUACUUGAAUUUGGCAAGUGUUUUGCCUGGCAUCUGUCUGCCAGCAGCAAUUGCCAGCAAAGCCUCCAGUCCUCCACAGCAGACCAGCCUUGCAAACAGUGUCGUGGAUGCUGCUGUGUCUCAGGGAACUGCAGCACAACAUGCAAUGGAAAACUAUUUCAGUUAUUCCCAGCAGCCUGGGGAGUACCCACAGGUGGCCCCCAAGCGCAGCUCCUCGUUCCUGGUGUCGUGCCCCGAGCCCGGCCCCGCGGAGCUGCCGGGCCCCGCUCGCUUCGCGGAGUCCUCGCUGAAGAAGAAGCGCGUGUACUGA